AUGGAAUCGCCUUUCCCUCCGUCCUCUUCCUCCCCCGGUGAUGGCCGCAUCGUCGUUGGUCUGUUACCUGCUGGUGGGAGCGGUCUCCAAGCAAUGACUUAUCAGUAUCCACUGAAACUGAUCUCGCCUGCGCCUUCACCAACCCAACCAAGCAUUUUGGUCUUUCUUUUAUCAUAUGGAGGCGGCCUUGUUGCUGGGGACAGCGUCAACUUGACCAUCCAUAUCCGAGAGAAAGCGAAACUCAGCAUCGCUACACAGGGACAUACCAAGGUCUUCAAAUCUCCCUCAGCAGAUGUCACCACGCGGCAGAAUUUGAAUGUCACUAUCGACGAUGAUGCCGCCAUGUGUCUUCUUCCGGACCCUGUCCAGCCGUUCGAGGACAGUGUGUAUGCGCAGACACAGAUAUUCCGACUCAAGAGCCGGGCUUCUCUGUGUCUUUUGGACUGGGUGACUCAAGGUCGUGCAGCCCGUGGAGAAAACUGGAGUUUCCACAAAUGGUCUGGGCGCAACGAGAUAUGGCUCUGCGAUCAACCCGACGCCUCUACCGAAAGGCUUUUGGUGCGAGACUCGAUCAUUCUCUCGAGAGAAGCGAGCAAGUCUGUGGGACGAUCACUCCCGGACAUGAUGCAGAACUUGGCGAUAUCUGGGACUCUCAUCUUGCGUGGAAGCAAGAUGGAGUCCUUGGGAGAGUUCUUCAUGAGCGAGUUUGCCGCACUUCCUCGAAUUGGAGCCAGGGAUUUCCGUUCGCCAGAGGCGAAGGCGGCGGGCGAGCAAAACCUCUCAGACCAUGAGCGUUGGCGCUUGCAGAGACUCGAGAAGGAAACUCAAGGCGGUAUCCUUUGGUCUGCAGCACACGUCCGAAGCUGUGUGGUCGUCAAGUUCGGCGCGAAAACUGUGGAGGCUGGGAGAGAUUGGAUCGGAGCAAUGAUCAUCAAGGAAGGGAGCAUUGCCGACCAAUUCGGCGACCAGGCUCUUAUGUGUCUCCGAUAG